AUGCACUCCAGAGCAAAGUCCCGGAGUUGUGACAACUACCUGAGUAUUAAGGACGCUGAGUCUUUGGACAACUGUAUCCAGAGCACCUUGUCGGCCCUGUACCGCCCCUUCACUGCCACCGCUGCCACCGUCCUGUGGCAGCUCUUCAGCGUGGUGGAGAGGCAGUACCGCGGAGACGGCCUCCGCUGCCUCAUCGACUUCUUGCUCCCUGCCAAGAGGAUUCUGCAGAUCAUCCAACAAGAAACCUGUGUGAGGUUCAGAGGCUUGUUGUUCUAUCAUGAGGGGUGGCCUCUCUGCAUCCACGAGAAAGUCGUCCUGCAGCUCGCCCCUCUGCACAAAGUCCGACUAAAGCAAGGAGACUUCUAUCUACAGAUAGUCCCUCUAGGCCGCAAGACUGCCAAGCUAGUGAUAAAAUGUUUGUCGGCCAGUGGGCAGGCCAUUGCAGAAAUCCCCAUCGCAGAGAGCAUGUAUGGCAGCGUCUUCACAGCUGAGUUCUUGCAGAAUGUAACACGCGACCGGAACCUGCACCCGCUACAGAACUGUCUGCUCACCACUGGUACCUCCGUGUACAGGACGCCGUGGAUGAACGUGGUCAACCCUCUGUUUGUCAGCAGCACGUCGGACGCCAUCAUGCAAGCGCGCUGCAGCAGAGGCGGCUUCCGCGGCCAACUCAGCACCUGCAGCACCAGCGGAUCCACCGGGACUCUGGACAGCCACCGCAGCUCCAGAGAGUCCCUGCACUCUCAGGGGGCCGACUCCAUCUUCUCUGAGCCCACCUCGCCGAGCAGAAACCGCACGGACCCCGGACAGGGGGGCGAGGACAGUGGUGGGAGAGAAAGAGGGUCGGGGUCCAAGAUGCUGUCUUUUACUACAGACCUCAGUAACCCAGGCCCUCGACGUCGCAUCCCGAGGGACUCUGUAGCCUUUGAGAGCAGGAGACUUUUCAGAAAAUCUUACAUGGAGGCCUUGCAGAACCCCAUGAGCCUUGGGUCCAGCUCCGAGUCCAUCUUGGAGGAAAGCUCGGAGCACAGUGCCGGCCUGAGAGAGAGAACAUUGACAGCGGGCGGCAGCCCCGACACCCGGACCUCCCCCAGAGAACACUUAUCUCGAAGGUUGGGUAGCCGGGGCUGGCUCAGUAGUGACGACUCCAGGCCCAGCACACCUUUGCUUUACUUACAGAGGGGGUUACGGAGCGCAGAGAGACGUGCAGAGAGACGUUCAAAGUCACUGGAGAGGACUAACAAGGCAGGCCAGGUUAAAGGCCACCGGGAACGGUCCUCCUCUGGAGGCUCGGCUAGCAUCUCACCCAAAAAGCUGAUGAAUGGCUACGCUCUUCGUUUUGGGAAGCUGGAAGUCGAGGCAGCUUUUCCUGGUUCUGAGAGGAGAAGCAGCAAAGAGGAGUCAGGACAGCGUGACGACGGCAUCAGCGGUGAGAGCGGGCAGCGCAGGCAUAGCGGGGAAGAGUCGCACAGUCCUAAAGCUGCCAAUGGGGCCGCUAUCAGGCCGGCGUCAGUGUCAAGCUCUUCAUAUGACAGUAACCCAGCCCUCCCCAAACUGGCGUCAGAGGUCGAUCAAGAGCUGCUGGCAUCGGGUGCUGUGAUCUUGCCAGGAAACAGAGAUCGCAGUGGGAGGGCAGUUCUGCAGGUGUGCACAAGAGCUCAGGUGUGGGCAGGUGAGAGUUGCACAGUCAAUGACCUCACCUGUUUACUGGGCUACUACUACUCCACACUGCGGAACGAAAGGCGUCAUCAAGGUCUGACUGUUGUAAUAGACAGCAGGAAGCAGCAGCCUGUUCCAGCUCUGUUGGCAUCGCUGUCUGAACUGCAGGCUUUGGUACCAAAUGCACUUUACUCAGUUCUCUUCCUGGUGGACAAGGAGGCAGCAGCUAAACCUGAGCGAGACAUCAAUGUGCAGACUGAGACGCUGUCGUCUCUGAAGGCCCUGCUGAAACACAUCGACCAAACCCAGCUCACACGAGACUUGGAGGGCACCUUCCACUACGACCACAACCACUGGAUCCACUUCAGACAGAAAAUUGAACCAUUUGCCAGCAGUUGUAGCGCAGCCAUCUCCUCCCUGCAGGAGUCUAUCAGCACACUGAGCAACAGCGGCAACCUGAAGACGUCAAAGGAAGUGUCUGAGGUGAUGGAACAGCAGAGGCAUCUCAUGAAGUGUGUGCUAGAUGACACCCGUCUGAAUAAACUGCGUCUCGAGGGAGGAACUGUCCUCGCCCGCAUCAGGAAGGAAGAGGCCUGUGAGAAUGAAAACUACAGAGAUGCUGUAGACGUGUUGAAUGCACUGUACAACCAAGUAGAUGAAGAGGUUCAUAAGCUCGUGAUCCUGUCCAACAAGUCUCAGAAACAGUUAGAGAGCCUGCUGGAGGUGCGCAGGUUUGAGGAGCAAACACAACAGAUCAAACUCUGGUUCAGUGUCGAGGGAGAGAAGCAACUCGCACCUUUGGAAUCGCUCACUCUCUCUGUUGCCAAAAUUAAGGAGAUGAGAGAGAGCUUGGGCCAGUUUCUGGAGGAAUCUGUGCACCAACAGAGGCACGGCCUACAGCUCGUGAAAGAGUCUCCGGAGUCUCUUCCGGGCUCGGCUCUCCUCGACUUUAAGCAGCAUCUGGGAUCCAUCCUAAGCAGAGCGGAGCAAAGGAAGGCCCAGCUAGACAUCCUAACCAACCUGCAUGAGUUCUAUGACUCGGCGAACCAGUGGAUAGAUCACUGUCAGGAUUAUUUCCAUCAACUCAGCCUGGACAGUACAGGUGUCAGGCUUUCACCAUCAGUGGUUCAGAUCCUGCAGGAUUACUACACCGAGGCGUCCAAGUUCUCCAUGGACAACUUCAGCACCCUCAAUGACAUGGUGCUCUCCCUGGAGAGUCCUCAGCAGCUGCAGCAGUGGAACACAGUGUGGCACAAAUGUCAGCAGACCAAACAGCAGCUGGAAGAGACUUUGGCCCGAGCCUUGACGACAGCACGGAGCUCCACAGCUGCUGAUGCGGCGCCUUCUUUAAAGACUGCUGCAGAGAGUCCGAUCGCCACAACAGAACAGCAUGGAGCUAAUGGUUGUGUGCUUUUACCUGGAGCGAUGACACCGUUGACUUUUGAGGAUAACAAGCCUCAUUCUGCUGGGCCUUUCUCCAAAAGCCCCUCCAGUUCAAUCUCCUCCUCCUCACACUUCAACUUCCCGCCCGACUGCGACAGCAAACUGAGGCAGAGUCCGUCCAUGUUUGACGACACGGACAGCGACUGCACCAUCGACUCGACCAUCUCCUGCCACUCGGAGCCCGUCUACACCGGGGCCGCCCGCCUCCGCAAGCAGCCGAUGAAGAAGAUCAUGAAGAAGACCAUGAGCUACGAGCUGACGCCAAGGGACAGUGGUCAUUCAGACGUCAGCCACAUUCACGGCUAUACGGGGGUGUACAUCAAGGGUUUGGAGGUGGCGAAUAAUGUGUCCGCAGAGAAGAAGCUGCAGAGGCCUGAUGUGAUGAGCCCUGCGUUAGGACGGAGCCGCAGCAUGUCCACGCCCUCCAGGACUCAUAACAGACGCAGCGAUGGAGACGGCAAGAAACAGAGCAGUAAAGUGCAGCACAUCAUGGAUGAGAUGAUCUCCACAGAGAGGGAGUAUGUGCGGUCUCUCAGCUACAUCAUUGAGCACUAUUUCCCCGAGAUGGAGCGCCUGGAUUUGCCCCAGGACCUGCGGGGGAAGCGCAGCAUCAUUUUCGGGAAUGUGGAGAAACUGUGGGACUUCCACAGUCAGUACUUCCUGAAGGAGCUGGAGUCCUGCGCCCACUCCCCGCUCUCCAUCAGCAGCUGUUUUCUGAGACACGAGGAUCAGUUUGGAAUGUAUGCUCUGUACAGCAAGAAUAAGCCCCAGUCGGACACUCUGCUCUGCAGCCAUGGGAAUGAAUUCUUUAAGGAUAAGCAGGUGGAGCUCGGGGACAAGAUGGACCUGGCGUCCUACCUGCUGAAGCCCAUUCAGAGGAUGAGUAAAUAUGCCCUGUUGCUGAAAGACCUGAUUAAGGAGUGCAGCCAGUCCCAGGAGCAGGAGCUGAGUGACCUACGCACCGCAGAGGAGUUGGUCAAGUUUCAGCUUCGCCACGGCAACGACCUGCUGGCUAUGGAUGCUAUUCGGGGCUGUGAUGUGAACCUAAAAGAACAGGGUCAACUCCGCUGCCAGGAUGAGUUCAUAGUCUGGUGUGGACGCAGGAAAUACCUCCGCCAUGUCUUCUUGUUUGAAGACCUCAUCCUCUUCAGCAAGACUAAGAAGAUAGAGGGAGGAUAUGACAUUUACAUCUACAAACAGUCCUUCAAAACAGCAGAGAUAGGUAUGACUGAAAAUGUUGGUGACAGCGGCCUGCGUUUUGAGAUCUGGUUCCGUCGGAGGAAGUCGCAGGACACGUUUAUACUUCAGGCCAGCUCUGCAGAGGUCAAGGCUGUGUGGACCGCAAUUAUUGGCAAGAUCCUGUGGAGGCAGGCGCUCAGAAACAGAGAGUUGCGCAUGCAGGAGAUGGUUUCCAUGGGGAUUGGAAGCAAACCUUUCAUGGACAUCAAGCCUAGUGAUGCAGCUAUCAGUGACAGAGCCAUUGACUAUAUAAUGAAGGGGUCAGAGUCUAGAACGAGAGCUUCCAUCGCCGUGCCCUCCUUUGAACACUGCUCGUCGUUCAAGAGACCUCACUCCACCAUCUCUAACAGCAGCACCUCCUCCUCCAGCAGCCAGUCGUCCUCCUCCCUGCUGGGCUCCCUCAAUCUCCACCUGUGCUCCUCGGCCUCUCACCCUCACACACAUCCAUACCCAAUGACCACUGUUCCCUCCUUUGCCCAGUGGCCCUAUGACUGCAUAGAGGAGGAUGAGCUGGAGCAGGACACAGGGAGCCAGCCCUCCAUGAUCACUGAGAGCUCAGAGACGUCCUCCCAGUGCACCUCCAGUGACAGUGUAACAGGGCUCAGUACCCUCACCAUACCCGGGCACCCCAGCAUUGUUAUGGACUCCUACAACAACAAUAACAACGACGACGAGCCCUCCUCUUUCCUCUGCCCCUCCACGCCUCCCUCCUCCAUAGCGUCUCCUUCCAUAUUCCAGAAAGAUGAAGACCUCCAACCACAGGGCACCAAGUUCAUCACAGCAAGCAAGACCUCUCAUGUAGCAGUAGGCCUCUCUACUGUGGUCUGACUCAGAGCUGGGGGGUUUUUAGCUCACUGUGAAGGCCUCGGACUGAAUGCUACUUGAUGCCGCAGCAGUUUGUUUAUCAGGACGAGGCAAUGAAAAUAAGAGGAGUCCGGCUUC